UACAGUGUAUGUCACUAAGGGACAGCAACUCUCCCCAGGCCGCAAUUUUGAUCCAUAUGUGCUUAGAUUGAAAUUUUGAUAGGAAACUUAGACAAAAGGAGCGUAAAUCUAAAUUUCCGAAAUUUCGCCUGAUUACGUAAUUGUUCACUUUUGCUGUCGAAUGCCUCCUCCUACCAAAAGACAGAAGCAAGCGAAGCAGCAGUAUGCUUCAUCAUCGAGGUGCUUUGACAAUGGGCUGAUAGAAGAUGUUUUUGAAGUCUUUCUGGACCCAGAUUAUGUGCCUGUCUCAGAUGCCGAAAGUGAAGCAGACUCCGAGUCCGACUUUAAUGGAGCAUUGUCAUUCAGUCUCAUAGAUGGCAAUAUAGGAGAGGUAUCAGAUAAUGAAAGCGAGUCGGAUGAUGAAGCAGCUAUGGAGAUUGUGGUCGAGGCUGAAGAGACAGUGGAUUAUGCAGAGGGGUGUGCACGGAGGGCAGCAGUAUCUGCUCAAAAAUUCUGGGCGAACAUUAUGAGUUCAGUGAGUAAUAUCAAUCAGUGCACUGAUAUACAUCGAAAAUUUGAUCAGGAUGUGUUUUCAGGGGAUACGAAGCCAGUGAAACUGCCCAAACGCUCGAUGCCAACAUACAGUGGCACAGCACGAACAUCUACCUAUCUUCGAAAGAGAAAAAUGAGAGAGGGUGCAAAAAACAAUAUGACAAUCACCUCUUUCUGGGCCCGUCGACUAAUCGCGGAGUCGGCCGUCAGAUGCCGCAUACCCAAAUAGGAAACUCCGACACGCUCCGCUCGAAAUUCACUUUUGGCUAGCGAAAAUUUUGAAACUUAAGUUUUUUGAAAAAGUAUUCUGAUAGACUUACUAUACUACUCUAACAUAGCACAUUUGUUAGGUUUUUGAGACGAACGAGGUAUUUCUGAAGGUGUAGAUAGAAUUACAAGUUUUGAUGUCGGUAGUUGCCGCUUUUGAGUGACAUACACUGUAU